GAGCGGGACAGGCUGAAAAAUUUGCUGUGACGUGGGUUGGGGGAUGGGUUAGAUCCAGGCAGGAUUUGAAAACUUUAGACUCAGAACACACAGGAAAAAAGAGUUCAUAAGCCCCUGAGGAAACUGACCCUCCAAACAUCAGCUUUGUCUUCAUGUCCUUGUCACUCUUCUCAUUGUUACUAUCUUCGACGGUUGUUCUUUUCCCGCCAGACGUUUGUACCCUAUCAGAGUAUAUUCAAAGGAUAAUUCCCCUCAUAUUCUUCGAAUCUGCUCUCACUUUCCUCGAAUAACUCAACUACACAUUGUUUCACUCUCGAUAACACACAAUGUCAUUGGAUGGGCAAUCCCAAUCAUGCCUCUUCUGCAUGCACCAUCUUCUCUGCGAUGCCUUUCUUUAUAACGCUUUCGCAGUGCCAGGAACCUUUGGCAACACUAACAUCAUCUUAUUUCGGCAUUUUCUUUUUCCUUUGAGGAGGUGGGGCGAGGCUUGAAGUUUAGUUUCUUCUCGCAUGGAGAAUCCUCAUUCAUCCUCUCAUGUUGUUAUCGUUUAUGAUGCCACUAAGGAUCGUGGUGUGCACGAGCUUAAACGCACCAUUGAUGAAGUUAGAAUGAGGGGUGACAUUCUUCAUGGAGGUGAUAAGCUUAUUGUUCUUGGAGUUCUUCAUAAAGUGCCUAAUCCCAUGGGUUAUAUGAAAGUAUGCCCUGAUUCUUUUGGUGGAGCAAGCGCUCGUGUCGUGGAAGAGGAAGUUACAAAGAAAAUUGAUGUGUAUGUAAACAUGCUUCUGCAAAGUGCUGACGUUUGCGAAGAUGAAGGGGUCACUAUUGAAGUUAAAAUUACAGCAGGAACUCCCAUGAAGCAGGUCAUUCUUCAAGAAGUUGUAUCUUACAAUGCUACUUGGGUCAUACUGGAUCGGCAUCUUAGAAGGGAUUUGAAGUUUUAUCUUAAACAGAUACCUUGCAAACUUGCAUUGAUCCAGGAUAACUUAUCUGUGGAACUUAAGAGAAUGAGUCCUCAAUCUGCAAAUGAAAUAGAUCCUACAGAACAUAAGCCGUUCUAUUCCAUGUCCAAAUCUGUUCCACCGUCGAAUUCACGAGGUGGUGAAAAUGAAGGGCAGUCAGUUAUCUCUUGCAGAAGCUUUUCAUUAUCUAUAAAUUCUCUUGAAAGUUCUGACAUGACUAGGGCCUAUUCAUUACCUUCAUCUUCAUACGCAUCACGAGAGCAUAAUCUUCCAUGGGAUUUUGGGACGUCUUCUAAGCAACAUAAAUCAGGUACACACAACAAAACAGACAGUAACCAUCCUGCUCCCAGUCAAAUUGCACAAAAACACCAUAAAAAUGUCUCUGGACGUCAAACAUCAGAAGCAUCUAUUCUUUGUUCUGCAUGUGGGGCAAGGACUGAAUUUUAUAUCAAGGAUGCAAUGAGAUUCACUUUUUCUGAGAUUCAGCUUGCAACACAGGAUUUUUCGAAGGAAAACUUAUUAGGAGAAGGGGGUUAUGGACAUGUAUAUAAGGGUAAGCUUAAAGAUGGACAGCUAAUUGCAGCAAAGGUACGCAAAGAAGCAAGCACACAAGGGUUUACAGAAUUUCAGUCUGAGGUAUAUGUCUUAAACUUUGCCCGCCAUAAGAACAUCGUCAUGCUUUUGGGUUUUUGCUGUAAGGAGAACCUUAACAUCCUUGUUUAUGAGUAUAUCUGCAACAAGUCUCUGGAUUGGCAUUUAUUUGAUAAGGCAGCAAAUAUUCUUGACUGGCACCAAAGAUAUUCCAUUGCCACUGGAACUGCAAAAGGAUUGCGUUUUCUGCAUGAAGAAUGCCGUGGUGGCCCUAUCAUUCAUCGAGAUGUGCGGCCUGGCAAUAUAUUGCUCACACAUGACUUUGUUCCCAUGCUGGGGGAUUUUGGCCUUGCUAGAUGGAAGACCACUGACGAGGUGCAGACAAGGAUACUUGGCACACUGGGAUAUCUUGCUCCAGAGUAUGCAGAAAAUGGUAUUGUUUCUGUGAGAACGGAUGUCUAUGCACUUGGCAUUAUUCUCUUGCAACUAAUAUCAGGACAAAAAGUAGUUGAUUCAAAAAGACAGGAAGGACAACAAUCACUUCGACAGUGGGCAGAACCAUUGAUAGAGAGGCUUGCACUACAUGAACUCAUUGAUCAACGUAUAGGAGAUUCGUAUGACACAUAUGAAUUGUACCUCAUGGCUAAAGCAGCAUUACUAUGCAUACAAAGAAACCCUGAAAUGCGACCAUCAAUUGGAGAGAUUGUGCGCCUUCUCGAAGGAGAAAACAACCACAUCCAUCAUUUGGGGGAGAAAGUGUUACCUCUUUAUUAUGCAAGGAGAUGAAGAGGUUGAAGAUACACAUAUUUUAGUUUUAUAGAUAUUUUGUCUUUAAAUGGUUUUGGAGUAGAGCACUCAUGCUUGAAGAGUCACUUAGAUAAAGGUGUGUUCAUUUUCUUAUCUAAAUAAGAAGUGUCCAUAUUUCAUGGACGUUUAGUCCAAUUUGUUUUGUAGUUGUAAUGCAUAAGUAUAGCUUCUCUACUCCACGUUCAAUUUCAACAGAACUUUAAGAAAGCUUAUAAUCA